AUGUCUGUUCUCCCCGCCGAAGUGCACACCGCCCUGGCCGGCCUGCUGCAGGGCCUCCAGUCGCCAGACAAUGUGCAGCGCUCAAACGCCGAGCAGCAGCUCAACGACGAAUGGGUGGCACAACGGCCUGAUGUGCUCUUGAUGGGCCUGUCGGAGCAGAUCGACCUCGCCCAAGACACGUCUACCCGCACAUUCGCCGCCGUUCUCUUCAGACGGCAGUCUUCGAAGCCACGAAAGACGCCCUCCGGCCAGCACGCAGACCUGUUCCUGACUCUCAACCCCGCUGAGCGCGAGGCCAUCCGCGCAAAGCUGCUGAGCUGCCUUGGCAAGGAGCCUGAUGCGAGCGUGAGGAGCAAGGUCGGCGAUGCGGUUGCGGAGCUAGCACGGCAGCACACAGACGAAGGUGUGGCAUGGCCGGAACUCCUUGGAGGGUUGUUCCAAGCCAGUCAAUCUCAAGACCCAGCACAGCGGGAGAACGCCUUCAGGAUAUUUUCGACCACACCGCAAAUUAUCGAGAAGCAGCACGAAGAUGUCGUCAUGAGCGCAUUCAAGGGCGGAUUCGCAGACAGCGAGACCUCAGUCCGAAUCUCUGCUGUAGAGGCUUUUGCGUCCUUCUUCCGCUCCAUUACCAAGAAGACCCAGUCAAAGUACUACUCGCUGAUCCCCGAGAUCCUCAACAUCCUCCCACCGAUCAAGGACUCUGGAGACGCGGACCUCCUUACGAAGGCCCUUAUUUCGCUCAUCGACCUGGCUGAGGUUGCGCCAAAGAUGUUCAAGCCUCUGUUCAACAGCCUUGUGCAGUUUAGCAUCUCUGUUAUCCAGGACAAGGACCUUGGAGAGACUGCACGACAGAACGCACUCGAGUUGAUGGCUACGUUCGCGGACAAUGCUCCACAAAUGUGCAAGAAGGACCCCAACUUCACAAACGACAUGGUCACGCAAUGUUUGUCUCUCAUGACAGACGUUGGUGCCGACGAUGACGACGCGGAGGAAUGGAAUGUUUCAGAAGAUCUCGACGAGGAAAGUGAUUCGAACCACGUUGCUGGUGAGCAAUGCAUGGAUCGCUUGGCCAAUAAGCUCGGUGGCCAGUCUAUCUUGCCCCCAACGUUCAACUGGCUCCCACGGAUGAUGACCUCUUCCGCUUGGCGAGAUCGACACGCUGCCCUCAUGGCCAUCUCGGCCAUCUCCGAGGGUUGCCGCGAGUUGAUGGUCGGAGAGCUUGACAAAGUUCUUGAUCUUGUUAUUCCCGCUCUGCGAGACCCACAUCCCCGUGUGCGAUGGGCUGGUUGCAACGCCGUUGGCCAGAUGAGUACCGACUUCGCCGGAACCAUGCAGGAGAAGUACCAUCAGAUCGUUCUGCCCAGUAUCAUACCGGUGCUUGAAUCUGCGGAACCUCGUGUACAGGCGCACGCUGCCGCGGCCCUCGUCAACUUCUGCGAGGAGGCCGAGAAGAAUAUCCUCGAGACAUAUCUGGACCAACUGCUGAACCACUUGCUCAUGCUUCUGCAAAGUCCUAAGCGCUUCGUGCAAGAACAGGCUUUGUCUACCAUUGCGACCGUCGCUGAUUCCGCAGAGGCUGCAUUCUCCAAGUACUACGAUACCUUGAUGCCGCUACUUUUCAACGUGUUGCAAGAAGAACAGUCAAAAGAGUACCGUCUGUUGAGGGCGAAGGCUAUGGAAUGUGCUACUCUGAUUGCUCUCGCCGUUGGAAAAGAACGAAUGGGACAAGAUGCAUUGAACCUGGUCCAGCUCCUUGGCCGAAUCCAGAACAGCGUAGCAGACGCUGAUGACCCGCAAGCCUCUUACCUACUCCACUGCUGGGGUCGCAUGUGCCGUGUUCUUGGACGCGAAUUCGUACCGUUCCUUGCCGGUGUCAUCCCACCAUUGACCGAACUGGCUGGAUCCAAGGCUGACAUUCAGCUGCUCGACGACGAGGACCAGGUUGCUCAGAUUCAAGAAGAGGAGGGCUGGGAGCUUGUCCCACUCAAGGGCAAGGUCAUUGGUAUCAAGACUAGCAUCCUCGAAGACAAGCACAUGGCGAUUGAGCUCAUCGUCAUCUACGCACAAGUACUCGAAGACGCCUUUGAGCCAUACGUCAUGGAGAUUAUGGACAAGAUCGCGUUGCCUGGCUUGGCUUUCUUCUUCCAUGACCCAGUGCGCGUCGCUUCGGCCAAGUGUGUGCCGGCACUCCUCAACGCAUACAAGAAGGCGCAUGGUCCGGAAUCACAGCAAUUAGCGACGCUUUGGGGACGCACAGUCGAGCGCGUUCUUGAAGUUCUUAGCACGGAGCCCGCCAUCGACACGCUCGCCGAGAUGUACCAGUGCUUCUACGAGUGCUUGGAAUGUGUCGGCAGGAACUCUCUGACAACUGCACACAUGGACGCCUUCGUUGUGGCCGCCCGCGGUGUACUGAAAGACUACCAGGAGCGUGUUGCGGAACGUCUGGAAGAACAGGCUGAGAACGAGGAUGGUGAGGAGGCCUCCGAGGAGACUUUGUUCGCCAUUGAGGACGACCAGAACCUCCUCUCGGACAUGAACAAGGCUUUCCACACAAUUUUCAAGAAUAUGGGUACCUCAUUCCUACCACAUUGGGAGCAGCUCAUGGAGUUUUACAAGAACGCCGUUGUCAACCAGGAUCCCACCCAACGCCAAUGGGCUAUCUGCAUCUUCGACGACGUUCUCGAAUUCUGCGGUCCUCAAUCGUGGAAGUACAGUGAGCACAUAGUUCAGCCACUGAUUGACGGUAUGCAAGACGACGUCCCUGCCAACCGACAAGCAGCCGUUUACGGUGUGGGUGUCGCUGCGCACAAGGGAGGUGAGGCAUGGUCAGACUUCGCCGCCGCAUCGCUACAGAUGCUCUUCCAAGUUGUCCAGCGCCCAAAUGCGCGCGGGGAUGACGACAUUUUCGCAACAGAGAACGCUUCAACAUCCAUUGCGAAGAUUCUGCACUACAACGCAGCCAAGGUUCAAAACUGGCAAGACAUUGCCGCCGCAUGGCUAGACACACUUCCCAUCAUCAACGACGAGGAAGCCGCGCCAUAUGCAUACGCAUUCUUGUCUCAGCUGAUUGAACAACAAAAUCCUGCCGUCUUCUCGCAACCCGCCAAGGUCUUCACUUUCGUCGUACAAGCCCUCGACGCCGAAACGCUACAAGGCGUCACCGCCACCCGCGUCGUCACAUCCGUAAAAGCCCUGAUCCAAGCCACAAACACCAACCUCGCACAAGCUGCCGCGACCCUCACACCCGAGCAGCAACGCACCGCGCAAGCCUACUUCUCCUAG